CAGCCAUUGGAGUCCAGAUGACUCUGGAGAUGAUGGAGUCCAGAUUCUGGGCCAUUGCAGCACAGCCAAAUGACACAGAUUGCUCUAAUGUAGAGGGGAGUUGUCCACUUCGUUGUGAAAACAUGGAUAUCAACUGUUACGUGAUUGACAAUAAUGGCUUUGUCAUAAUUUCCGAACAGCGCAAUGAUGCGGGAAGAUUCUUUGGCGAGACUGACGGAUCAGUGAUGACCACACUAAUCCGAAUGGGCAUGUUCAAAAGGGUGUCCUUGUUCGACUACCAGGCCAUGUGUAAGAUGAACUUGCACUCUGUCAGCAGCGCCCGUCCACUUCUCAGUCCAUUCUAUGGUUUGGCUUCAGCCCUCAAGUGGUUCCUCUCCAACUUCCUAUUGUUUCUACUGGAGUUUAAUAUCUGUGGCUUCUGGCACACAGAGCAUUUCGCUGACGCCUCAGCUCAUAAGAAAAAAGGGGACAUCCUGCAGCCGUGCGACACCGAGUACCCCAGCUUCGUCUACGAGCCGUCAGUCAAAGAGACCAACAGCAUUAUUAAGUGUGGACGCUGCCAAAAGAUGUUUGUGGUGCAACAGAUACCAGACAGCAACCUGUUGAUGUUGGUGGUGCAAGCAGACUGUGACUGCUCCAGACAUUACCCACCCAUCACCAUGGAGCCCAAGGAAGUCAAAUAUAUCCUUUGA